AUGGGGGAUUUGAACCAGAGAUCAGAAGAAGGCUCACUCCUUUUCAUUCCUCUACAGGGGGGCCUCCAUGCCUCUACGCAACCUGUUGAUGACAAUCUGGAGAGGUUUGAAGGGAUGCUUGAGCCAAUUGUAAAGCUUCUGGUUGCUAAGAGUGUUGAGCAGGCUGUGGAGGAGGCAAAACAGGAACAGCAGCUGCUCACGCUGCACAACCGAAGGCAACAGCUGCUGAAACACCAACAGCAGCAGUUGCUUGAAUUGGAGCAGCGCGAAGCAAGAAGGCACUUGCAAGCGCAGCAAGCAAUAAAGAACCAGCUGAUUGUGAAGGAACAUGAAACUCAGCUCUGGCGUCAUUUGUGGGUGGCACACAUUGGCACGACCCUGCUGGAUGAAGAUUCGUUUGACAAGAUAGUAAACCAGCUGGAUGAGGAGAGUUUGUUUUUUUCUUCAGCUGACAUGGUUACAGGCGAUUUCCUGGCUGAAGUCGCCAAGGCGGCUUCUGCCGAACUCAAGAAACGGAAGCUGCUUCUAGCAGACGAAUGCGAAAUAUACGCAUCACUUGCAGAGCUUGACCGCGCUGCGAAACUUGGGACUUCGGGAAGAAAGGCUACAAAUAUGUUGAAGCGCGAGUCCUUUGAGCCAUCGAAUAACUUUGAAGAGAUAGGACCCGAGCCAUAUUCAUUUCGUGACGCACUACGUUUCGAAGACACCGCGGAAAUGCAUCAGAAGGCUCAAGCCACUGUAGAAGCUGCUGCCGAUCUUGUCGCACUUAGCUUGCCGACAGUCUCCGAGCAGGACGGCCGUGGCCGGCAGCUGGCACUCAAAGCAGAAGCUGCGAGGCUCACAGAAGCCUUUGAAGAGCAACAACGACAACUUCUUUCUCCAGGGAGAUACAAAAUAGCUUCCGCAAGGGGAAGAGUUCUUCCGGGAGGCGCAGAAGGUCAAAACAACAGCAGCAGCUUCUGUCAACCUGGAUCUUUCCCUGCUAUUUGCAUUGGACCCUUCAAGUUAUACCGGAACCGCGACUCCGCAGCGCGUCAAAAGGAGUUCAUCAGCAUGGAAAAACUCCAGCAAAAAGUACAACAAAGGAUGUGCGACUGUUUCACCGAUAUGGCGGCAGUAAUCCGCACUUCUCAGGUCAUCUUUGAGGCGAAGGGGACGAGACUUUCGGAAGUAGAAGCCAUGCUAAACUACGAGUACGGCGAUUUACGCGUUCGAUUGGACAGGAAGAUCAAAUUCGCCAAUGAGGCUGAUCAAUUCGAGAGCGAGCUCGACAGUGAAGAAUCAAGGGAUAUCGAUUGA